ACAUCCAUUCGAAGAACGUGAAUCCGGGCAAGCCAUCCACAAGCCGUUAAACCGAUUUGCAUCGGCCGUACUCGAACCAGAAACCGCAUCACUCGUCUGGGCAGCUUAAACCCUUCGUAAACCCUUCACCCACCUCUCCGAAUUGCAUUGCAGGAAAAUGGAGACAGGCGUCGCCACUUGGUCGUUUUCCGUGCAAAUCCAACCCAAAAGGCUUCGAUUAGUGUUAGGCUUCAGCGAGCCAAGGAAUCCCCACCUCUUUCCUACUCAAUCGAGCCGACUGGGAUUUCCUCGCAGGCGGAAGCAUCUUUGCGUUCUGGCAGAAGGGAAUCGCCACUCACCGUGGGAUGAAAAACCCUACGAAAUUUUUCCUGGAGGAGGACGAUCUUACCUUGACGAGCAGGACAUUGCGACUUUCGUGGAUCCUCCCAAGGAGCUCAUCCCCCUCGAUCCGGAGUCAUACAACCCCGCCGCCUACCUCUGGAAAAAACUUGGAGAUAUUCCUGAAGAAAGGAGGCUUCGGUUGCUCGCUUCAUUAAAGCCUAAGCAUAUUCCUAAGCUUUGGGAACUAACAGGCACACGUUAUCAGGAUGCUAAGCUGGCUAAACAAACCGCAUCUGAAUUGCUGUCUGUGGAAGUCAAGUCCAUGCUCCCGGAGUGUUGGAGAUGUAGAACAAGCAAAGGUCCAAUGGCAUUGUCUUGGUUAAAUGACUUCAAAAAGGUCAUUUUUCUAGGGAAGGAUGGUGGCACAUAUGGGCGAUUAAUCCCUAGUGGGUUAUUACCUUCUACAGGAUCAAAAUUUUAUGGUCCAUUGUACUUCACUGUUAGACAAGUUACGGAGAUAAUUUCAACGGAGCAGCCUUGUGAUCUGGCAUAUGAGUUUGGUGAUGGACUAUUAGGCUUAUCUGAAUUUCCUGAAGGCUUUCCCAUGCCUAGGCAGCAUCCCUGGCCUUUGAAUGACCAUUUGGUCACAUACAUUCGUCAUGCUGGUCCUGGAGUGGUGGUAGGCCAGGCAUGGCAGGAAGGGAGUGAUUUGGAGCAAGUGCCUAAGAAGUUUUGUGGUGAGAUAUUAAUGAUCAAAGACUAUACUUCCAGUUUACAACAGUGAUAGUAUCAUUAUUUAUUAUUAUUAUUUUUGGGGCUAAGAUUGUAGUUUUGAGUUGUAACAUAAUGUUGAUAUUCAUCGGCGGGACACUUUUUAUAUGGUUGCCUGCUAAUGCAUGUAUUUUUAUAGGCAUACAAGAUAUAUGUGGUA